UACAUGCAGCACACUUCUGAGAGUGGCUGAAGAUUUGCACCUCUUGCUUCACUGACUGGAUCAUAGGCCUAUUUGUCUUUUUUGCAGCAAUGAAGGGUUUUCUGUGCCUGUUGGCUGCAGGGCUUUACCUUAGCUCGCAAUGCCAGGUGAAUGCUGAAUCGCAUUUGAGCAGAGCUGAGAUUGAGAGAAUUGUGAUCGCAGCCAAGGCCAAUGUUGACUCAGCUUACGAAUACUCCAGACAAGUGAGCAUUGAACGCGUGAGGCGGAAUACGGUGAGUCCCUCAGACAUCCUGCGGACGUUGAAGCAGCCUGUUGGGCUGACCCGAAAUGCAGUGCGCGCCGCAGACUACAUGCAUUACGCCGUAGAGCUGAUCCAGAAGUCUUUGCACAGACGACGAAGACGCUCCAUCAAUGCCACAGAUCUGAUCACUGAGGAGACUCUGGGGGUCAUCGCUGAUCUGACAGGCUGCUCCCCCCGACAUCGGUCCCCUUCCUGCGGGGCGAGUUUCUAUUCGCCGUAUCGCACAGCAAGCAGCACCUGCAACAACCAGGAACACCUCCUUUUUGGCUCCGGCAAUACACCUUUCACCCGCUGGCUCCCUGCUGAGUACGAGGAUAGUACUUAUAAACCAAGAGGCUGGGAUAAUAAGACUAUCAACAAUCACUAUCUGCCAUUGGUAUUAGAAGUGUCCAACCGAAUUGUGGCAACAGGAAACGAUGAAGUGACAAGCGAUCCACUCUACACUUUCAUGGUAACCAUCUUUGGCCAGUGGACGGACCACGACCUGACCUUCACACCUCACUCGCCUGUUAUCCGCUCAUUCAACAAUGGGAUCGACUGUGACGAGAGCUGUGAACGCACAGAGCCCUGCUUCCCCCUUAAGAUUCCUAGCAACGACCAGCGUUUUGGCAAAGACGCAGAGUGCAUGCCUUUCUUCCGAUCGGCUGCAGGUUGUGGUUCUGGACAAACGGGCCACGUCUUUGGCUCCAGCACCACCCGUCAGCAGAUGAACGCUCUUACAGCUUUCAUUGAUGUAGGUCAGGUGUAUGGUUCAGAUCCUAGCAAAGCUCGCUCACUUCGGGAUUUCAGUUCAGAUCAUGGCCUGAUGAGGGUCAACAAAAUCCACAAUGACAACGGCCGUGAGCUCCUGCCCUUCACCGACAUGAUGUCCAACAUCUGUGCCAACCGAGCUCGCAUGACUAAUGAUGAAAAUGCAGAGGAGGUGCCCUGCUUUCAGGCUGGUGAUGAGCGUUCCAAUGAGAACAUUGCGUUGACCACUUUACACACUCUGUUUUUGCGUGAGCACAAUCGGCUGGCCCGUGCUCUGGAAAAGCUGAAUCCUCACUGGGACGGAGAAAGGCUCUACCAAGAGGCACGCAAAAUCAUGGGAGCAUAUUUGCAGGUUAUCACUUUCAGGGACUACUUGGCUCACAUUGUUGGUCCAGACUUCAUGGCCAAGCAGCUGUCCACCUACCCUGGUUAUGAUGACAGUGUUGACCCCAGCAUCUCUAAUGUGUUCGCUACUGCUGCUUACCGAUUUGCUCACCUGAUGAUUCCGCCUGUUAUGCCUCGUUUUAAUGAGCAAUUCAUUGAUCACCCCACAUACCCCAGCCCUAUGCUUCACAAAGCCUUCUUCACACCGUGGAGGAUCGUCUUUGAAGGUGGUCUGGACCCAGUCCUGAGGGGCCUUGUGGGUAGUAAGGCCAAGCUGAACACGCAGGAUCAAAUGAUGCCUGAAGAGCUAAGGGACAAGCUUUUCAAAUUCACCAACAAGUUGGCUUUGGAUCUGGCUGCCCUUAACAUGCAGAGAGGCAGAGACCAUGGAAUCUCUGGCUACAACAAAUGGCGCAAGUUCUGUGGGCUUUCACAGCCACGUAACCUGAUAGAGCUGGCUGAAGUGUUAAACAACACGGUUCUGGCCACCAAAUUUAUGGAUCUCUAUGGAACACCUGCAAACAUCGAUGUGUGGCUUGGAGGAGUGGCUGAGCCCUUUGUCCCUGGAGGAAGAGUGGGACCUCUCUUUGCCUGCCUGAUUGCCACUCAGUUUGAGAAGAUUCGCAAGGGAGACCGACUUUGGUGGGAGAACGAUGGAGUGUUCACUGAGGCCCAAAGGGAGUCACUGAAAAACACCUCUUUUGCCCGAAUCAUCUGUGACAAUACUGGUAUAACUGAAGUCCCAGAAAAACCCUUCCAGUACCGUCCUCGAGAAUCGGGUUACACCCCAUGUGCGAACAUCGAAGCUUUUGACCUCGAUGCAUGGAAGGAUGAUGGAUCUAACCAAAAUGGAUCCGCAGGACCCAGAGGGCGCCGUGGUCUGACCGGCCCUGCUGGACCCCCUGGAGCCCCCGGGCCUCCAGGCACCAUGUUUAAUUCUGCCUUCUCUAUGAGACUCGGUAACAUCCUCAAAGUCGGUGGACCCUUGAAAUUUUCCGAAGUCAUCUACAAUGGACAGAAAAGCUAUGACAGCAAUACUGGGUAUUUUACGUGUGAGUAUCGGGGUGUUUAUGAGUUUCAGUUUCACGCCACCAUUUACAACCGUGAGGCCACUGUGGAUCUGAUGCGCAAUGGAAAAAGGGUUCUGCACUCAUUCACCACCAGGCACAGCGGUUACAUCUCAGCAAGUGGCAGUAUGAUCAUCAAGCUUGAGAAGUGGGACAAGGUCUAUCUUGUGUCUGACUAUGGUGACAGCGGUCUGACCGCUGACAGUUCCUUCUCAGGGCAUUUUCUGUUUACUGAGUAAAAAAAUGUUCUUCAGCUGUAGACCCAUGACAUCCUAAAAUUACUGCAAAAAUGUGGUGCUAUAUGAAGCCCUUAAAUGUUGCCGAUGGAUGCACUUUCCAUUUUCUAUUGUGGUUUUACUGAAUUGCACCAAAAUCCAAGGCAGGACAAGCCUUACAUUUUCAGAUUUUACAUUUUCAGAGGUUCAAGUGAAGCAGAGCUGUCCUGAGAGUUAGUUGAAGUAAUUAUAGUGUUCUACUUAUAUCUAUAAAUGGAGAAAAAGCCCAGUUAUAGACAAAAUAACAUCUUCAUCAACAACUUUUUUUUUUGUGGCCCUACUGACC